CCUCCUGGCUUUGUCUUCAAAGAAUGUGAACUAAACGGCAACGUUUGAAAUUGAAACGACAACGUUUACAAAGAUUUCAAACUUGAAACGGCGUCGUUUGAAAUAAAAACGACGUCGUUUUAAGUGUCACGGUGCUUGCUCUCUCGAGAGGAGAAGCUCUCUCCCUCCCAUGAAAAUCGAGGGCUCCAUUUGAAUGUUUCGAUCACCGAGUCUCCUGACUCUCCUCUCCUCCGCCCAUGGAUUUCACCGCCGGUGACGCCGUUGACCUAUCCGGCACCGCCGUCCCCGACCAUUGGUCCGCUGCCGACCAGAACCUCUGGGCCACCGACGAUGACUACAGAUCCUUCACCCUGACCCCCAAAUUCUCCUCUGGCACCACCGCUCCCGACAUCUCUCCGGCCAAAAAGUCUAAAAACUCCCAAAAAUCCUCUAAAUCCAUGGGCAAAAUGUUCUUCAAAACCAAACUCUGCGGCAAAUUCCGUGCCGGCGUGUGUCCGUAUAUCACCAACUGCAACUUCGCCCACGGAAUGGAGGAGCUCCGCCGUCCGCCGCCGAAUUGGCAGGAGAUUGUGGCAGCGCAGCACAACUACGACGAGGCGGAGCCACUUCCCCCUUCGCCGCCGCAAAGGGAGGAGCACCAGAUUCCGAUACUGAGCCUGUCGGAGAUGCGCUGCGGCGAGUCGCAGAGGUCGUAUAAGGGGAGGCAUUGCAAGAAGUUCUACACAGAAGAAGGGUGUCCGUAUGGAGAUAGUUGUACAUUCUUGCACGAUGAACAGUCCAGGGCGAGGGAGAGCGUGGCGAUAAGCUUGAGCCCAACGGUGGGCGGUGGCGGGUACGGAAGCAGCGGCGCCAAUGGGCCGAACCAGAAGCCGUCGAAUUGGAAGACAAGGAUAUGCAAUAAGUGGGAGACCACGGGCAGCUGCCCAUUUGGAAACAAGUGCCAUUUUGCACAUGGAGUUGCAGAACUGCAUAAAUAUGGUGGGGGUCUUGUGGAGGAAGGUGGAGACUCUUCUUCUUCAGUACCUCCAGAACCGAAGCAACAGGGCGGUGGGCCUCCAAAGGCAACAACAGACACCAUGGUAGCACCAGCCCUUUCUGCUCCUGCUACUGAUCUUUUUCACAUGGGAGUGGGAGUUCCAUCUCAAAGGCCUUCUGUAGUGGCCCCCAAGCCUGGCCAAAGGCCCCUUCAGAAAUGGAAAGGGCCCGACAAGAUCAGUAAGAUUUAUGGUGACUGGAUUGAUGACCUCGAAUAAGAAUAGCCUCACAAGAACUUGUUUAGAGGGUGAUUGCUGGUGGAAGACACCACUGGUGAAGUUAUUCGAACUUGUUUAAAUUUUUGUAUCUCUGACCUGUUCUUUGGCCCCCUUUUUUUUUUUUUUCUUUUUCUCCAGAGUUGGAACUUUAGCUGCCUUUUGUAUUAUUACCGUAUGUCAGGAACCAUCCUUUGCUCUGUGGAUCAUAUGCAGAUUCUAUAAUGUAAAUCUUCUAGUUUUCUUAAUAUUAUCUCUUUCUGCAGGGAACUUCUUUC